UGACUUCCUGCAGGAAUUUGAUCAUGGGUGGAAAAAGCCCUUAGGACUCUGCACCAGGAGGAACCCAUGUAGCCUAUGAGCUCGACCGACGGGGGCACCUUUUCCCCAUGCCCCCCAGCCUGCUGAUCGGUCCCCGAAGUGCUCCCCACAGGGGCCUCCCCUAGGGUCGCCCCCACCCCUAAUGCAACUUAGCGAGCCUGGGAGUACCAACCCGCGAAGCUCUGCCCGCCACAGCGGGAAGGCGAGUGGCGACGGCGCUCAUUAGCCUAUCUCGGUGCCCCCCCAACCCCGCUCCUGACCGCUGUCGCCGGGCCUCCACGCUUUGUGUCCAGGGAGGAAAACGUAAGGGGGGGGGCGGUCCCUGACCGGGGGGGAGAGAGAAAGAGCGGAGCGCGGUAGCAGCCCCCUCCCUCGCCGCCUCCUUCCCUCCCCCCCCCUUCUCCCUCUCUCCAUCGCUUGGCCGGGCUGCGCUCCUGUCGCCGCCGCCGCCUCCAUCUUGCCUUCCCUCGCUCCCUUCCCCCCACCCCGCAACAGGAGCCGGAGCCGCGGCGGAGGAGCUGAAGCGAGCGGGCGGCGGGUCCGAGGCAGGUCGGGAGCCGCGGCUAUGAGGGGGAGGCGCUGAGGGGAAGCGCGCCGAGCCGACAUCUUGUCUCCCCUCCCCGACGGCGUGAGCCCGUCCGUCCCGCAGAAGACCCGGCGUCGCCACGGAGGAGGACAGGGUUUUUUGAGUUGCUGCUAUGAGGAAACCUCGGAGGAGGUCCCGACAGACCCUAGAAGGGAGACGUUCUCCUUCACCAUAUAGCUUGAAAUGCUCACCCACGCGAGAGACUCUGACCUAUGCCCAGGCCCAGCGGAUAGUCGAAGUUGAUAUUGAUGGGCGUCUCCAUCGCAUCAGCAUUUAUGAUCCUCUAAAGAUCAUCACAGAGGAUGAACUGACUGCCCAGGACAUCACAGAAUGCAACAGUAACAAAGAAAACAGUGAGCAGCCACUGUUUCCUUCAAAAUCAAAGAAAACUCAGUGUAAAGGCAAAAAAAGGGAGACAUGCACAAAACAUGCUCCUGGGACAUCAUUCCACCUACCACAGCCCAGCUUUCGGAUGAUUGAUUCCUUGAGCCAACCAGAUGCUCCAGCCCUGCCUUCAACAUACUAUCAGUACAUUGAGAAGCCACCUGAAGAUGUUGAUGCUGAAGUGGAGUAUGAUAUGGAUGAGGAAGAUUUGGCGUGGCUUGACAUGAUCAAUGAGAAAAGGAAGAACGAUGGCUAUGGGUCAGUUUCUGCUGAGACUUUUGAGUUGCUAGUAGAUCGGUUGGAGAAGGAGUCAUACCUGGAGAGCCGCAACAAUGGGCCCCAGCAGACUCUAAUAGAUGAAGAUGCCGUUUGCUGUGUUUGCAUGGAUGAUGAAUGCCAUAACAGCAACGUCAUUUUGUUUUGUGACAUUUGUAACUUGGCUGUGCACCAAGAAUGCUAUGGAGUGCCCUACAUCCCUGAGGGGCAAUGGCUUUGUCGCUGCUGCCUACAGUCCCCUUCCCGCCCAGUUGAUUGUGUUUUGUGCCCAAACAAGGGUGGGGCCUUCAAGCAGACCAGUGAUGGUCACUGGGCCCAUGUUGUUUGUGCCAUCUGGAUCCCAGAAGUCUGUUUUGCAAACACUGUGUUUCUGGAGCCCAUUGAGGGGAUAGAAAAUAUCCCACCAGCUCGCUGGAAGCUCACUUGCUACAUCUGCAAGCAGAAGGGCAUGGGAGCAGCCAUCCAGUGUCACAAGGUGAACUGCUACACAGCCUUCCAUGUCACCUGUGCCCAGAGGGCUGGUCUCUUCAUGAAGAUUGAGCCCAUGAGGGAGACCAGCCUCAAUGGCACAACGUUUACUGUGCGCAAGACUGCUUAUUGUGAGGCACAUUCCCCUCCUGGCACAGUGAAGAAAGGGCGCACAACUACUGUUCACAAGGGAGAGGAGGAUGUUUCAAGGAAUGAGGCAGUAGAUGGGGGCACUCCCAAGAGCAAGAACAAAGUGAAAUUGAAGCAGAAGGCAAAGAAGGAAGCCUGUUCUUCUGCCCCUUUGCUGAUGGUUGCACAGAUCCCUUCAUACCGACUGAAUAAAAUCUGCAGUGGUCUCGCCUUCCAGAGAAAGAAUCAGUUUAUGCAGCGACUGCACAACUACUGGCUUUUAAAGCGUCAGUCAAGAAACGGUGUUCCUCUUAUACGGCGUCUGCACUCUCAUCUGCAGUCCCAAAGAAAUGCAGAACAGAAAGAGCAUGAUGAGAAGACUGGUGCAGUGAAGGAGGAACUGAAGUACUGGCAAAAACUGCGGCAUGACUUGGAAAGAGCACGGCUGCUCAUUGAAUUAAUUCGUAAGCGUGAAAAACUCAAACGUGAGCAGGUAAAGGUUCAGCAAGCUGCCUUGGAGUUGCAGCUCACACCUUUCAACGUGCUUCUGCGGACAACACUGGAUCUUCUACAGGAAAAGGAUCCAGCCCAGAUCUUUGCAGAACCUGUAAAGCUGAGUGAGGUUCCAGAUUACCUGGAAUUCAUUUCCAAGCCAAUGGAUUUUUCUACCAUGAGGCGGAAGCUGGAGUCCCACCAGUACCGGACACUGGAUGAGUUUGAGGAGGACUUUAACCUUAUUCUUACCAACUGCAUGAGGUAUAAUUCUAAAGACACCAUUUUCCAUCGAGCGGCUGUCCGGCUGAGAGACCUCGGAGGGGCAAUAUUGCGCCAUGCACGGCGGCAAGCUGAGACUAUUGGCUAUGAUCCCCAAGUGGGGAUUCAUUUGCCUGAAUCGCCAAAGACAGAAGAUUUUUAUCGUUUCUCUUGGGAGGAUGUUGAUAACCUUCUCCUCCCUGAGAACCGGGCUCACCUUUCAUUGGAGGCACAGCUGAAGGAGCUACUGGAAAAGCUGGAUAUGGUGAGCACCAUGAGGUCAAGUGGCGCCCGAACUCGCCGCAUCCGACUCUUGAGACGCGAAAUCAACUCUAUCCGGCAAAAGCUGGCCCAGCAACAGAAUAAAACCUUGCCAAAUGGAGAUCCAGCUCCAUGGGAGGAAGGGCUUGAAAAGAUGCUACAAGGAGAACGUGAUGAAGAUGGGGAGAAAGCAGAUGACACCAAGCCCCCACUUCCCCCCACCCUGGAGCCCACAGGACCUGCACCCCCCCUAUCGGAGCUGGACUCUCUGCAGGACCCUCCAACUCUCAAACCCAUUAGCGAAAGCAAGUCCUUGAACAGACUACAUAAGCGGCUGAAGUCCGAGGGCGAGCUCUUUGAUAAGAAGACACUGCAGAGGGAGAGCCACGCCUUCCAGCGCUUGCUCAGCGACAACGGCCUGAACGGAUUGGCCCUUCAGGCCACGGGCACUUCUGCCAGCCCCCCGUUUAGUGGAGUGGGCAGGCGGACAUCUGUCCUUUUUAAAAAAGCCAAGAACGGGGUGAAACUGCAAAGAGGUCUGGACUGCCCCCUUGAGAAUGGAGAGGACCACAGCCAGAGUGGGCAGCUUUCCCCCUCCAGCGUAGAGGGUGAGCGGCCAUCCCGGAAACGGCCACAGAGUGGGAGCUGCAGCGAGAGCGAUGGCGAGAAAUCCCCCAGGCAGGCAGGAGUGACAGCACCAGUGACAAAUGGCUUCAGGAAGCAUAUGGAAAGCGGGUCUGACUCAGAGUGCAGUUCUGGCCUCGGUAGUGGUCUCUCAUCUGACAUCUGCAGUGGUCUGACUCCGCACAAACGUAGCCGAGGAAAGCCUGCUCUUGCACGGGUCCCUUUUUUGGAUGGUGUAAAUGGAGACUUGGAAUACAGUAGCUCAGGUACAAACCUACUGAUGCCCUUUGAGGAGCACACAGAACUAGAACCUCUGGAACUUGUAUGGGCAAAAUGUCGUGGCUACCCUUCUUACCCGGCGUUGAUAAUUGACCCUGACAUGCCUCGCGAGGGCCUCCUUCACAAUGGAGUCCCAAUUCCUGUCCCUCCUCUGGAGGUUUUGAAGUUAGGGGAGCAGAGGCAAGCAGAAGUUGGAGAAAAGCUUUUCCUUGUCCUUUUCUUUGACAACAAGAGGACAUGGCAGUGGCUUCCACAGGAAAAAGUUAUUCCUCUUGGAGUAGAUGACACAGUGGAUAAACUAAAGAUGUUGGAGGGACGAAAAACCAGCAUCCGCAAGUCUGUCCAGGUGGCAUAUGACCGGGCCAUGAUCCAUAUGAGUCGAGUUCGGGGAGACCACCCUUUUGUCACACCAAAUUAUCUGUAGGGACUGAAAGAGCCUGCUCUGCCCUUCCUGCUCUUUCUGGAAAUAAUGCCUAUCAAUAGGCACAGUGGGUCUUGGGUCACUGAUCAGUAGGGGAUUCUCCCCUGCCUGGAGGACGGUGUGAAUGUUAUGUCUGUUUGCGUUCAUAACAGAGAUGCACUAUUCCUAGUAGUAGGGAAAGCAGCUGUAAAGUAUCUGAUAUGUGCCAUAAAGCCUGUCUGGAUUCUUUCUGAAUCUGUCUCAAUGAAGAGCCAGCAGGAAAUGAAGUGAUGUAAUAGUCUGACUAGGAAGAGGAUGUCAGGAGCAGCUGCACUGUCCUGCCGUGGCCUUGGUUAUAGGGCAAGGGAGAAGCUGAACUCAUUUGGCGAUUGGACUGCAAGUCUCACAAGUCUCUUGUGUUUCAUUCUUCAGCUAGUCCCGAGUUCAGCUAACGAAGAAUCAUCUGGAGCCUGCCACUGCUAUAAAUAAUCCUUCAUCCUUUAGAUGACUCUUGUGUGCCAAAUUUAAUAUUCAACAUACUUUUUCAUGUUAUUUUAAAAAGCACUGGUUUGCCCCACUGCAUUUAUACAUUUAAAGGCUAGUCUAGAAGCCUCAUGCCUAGGUUUAUAUAGGUUUUUAUGUUAGAUCUUACUGACAGGAAGGAUAGAGAUAAUAUUUUGGUGGGUUUUCCCUCCUCCCUCAUGCACAUUUAAAUGCACAGAGCUUUAAAUAUGAAGAUGAAAUCACUUGUGAAAUGUUUUGUGUGAUUACAUUUAUGAAGUAGUUUUUACAUUUCAACUUCAGGUUAAUAACAUGUUUGAAACUGGGCAGAACAGUAUUUUACAUCUUCUUUUGGGAAGCACCUAGUCCGCUGGAGCAAUGCUGUUAAGUACUAAGAUUUACUAGGACACGACAAAAACAGAACCUUGUUGGUUUUAAAAACUUCUAGCACAUAGCUCCAUUUUAGGGGCGCUGCGUACAGAAGUUCUGUCCGAGUAAGAGCUGCCUCAUUCGCUUCUGUACAUCAUCACCCUGACCCAUAAAGCCGUAUGAUUGCUGGAUGUCUAUAGAAGAGGCUGGCUGUAUGCAGAAACAGGUUUCCAUGUGGCCAUUGUUCACCUCGUGGCAUGUGCAGAGAUUUCUCCCCCUUUAAAUGGUGCAGUACCUGCUUGCAUAGAGUGCCAUGUGUGUAUUGCCGUGUGGAGCUUUGGGUCAGGGCAUUAGUGUCAAACUGCAGUUCCCCUUUGCCCUCAAAAUUCCCCCCAUCUUGUUUUGGGUUGAAUUUGGAACAGUGUCUGUUUUCUUGCUCACCAGAACACAUUGCAGUUUCACCCUUAGCUUCCCCCAUAAAUAUUUCUUUCUCUAUGAACCUUCGUUACUGGAAUCCGUUAAAGUCAAGUGUGCAACUCCUCUGAGAAUCCUAGCUUUUAACUUGCAUGCGCUGGAAAAACAGGGAAAGCUGAAGUUUGCAAGUUGACAAAGCAUUUCACAUUUGAAUUCUGAUUUGUCUAGAUUUCUCUAUGUCUUUUUAAGCGUUACAAACCAAAGGUGCAAAGCAAGAUUGUAAUUUUAAAAUAUAAUUGUUUCUUUUCUUUUUAACUCAGUAUUUUUUAUUAUUUUAAUUUUUCUUCAUACUAAAGAGAUUGUGGAACAAAAUGUUAAUAAUAAGGGGGAAAUCACUGCCAUUUCUAUGUGGUCUACUUUUUUUAAAAGUACCACAUCUUAUAUAUUGGGGACAUAAAACCACACUUUAUGGAAAAUAUCUGUAACAUAUAAAGAAUAAGAAUAGGAUUUUUUUUUAAAAAAAGUUGAUAAUGCCUAAAGAGUGUGGCUGUGGAAGGAACUUCUGUACAUAGUUGUAAAAUACUAUUCUAAAUUAUUCAGGCCGAUUGUUACCAUUCUUGAAGUCCUCGGUUGUGUUGCUGGGUCUUUUGUAUGCACACAGUGUAAUUAAUUUAAAGCAACAUACACUUUUCCCAGGUUGUAGCUCAGCUGUGGACUUGUGACUUAUGUAUAACUGUUUUAAGAUCUUGCAUUUUACUUUUUUCAUUUUUUAAAAAUUACAUUUUAAGGAUUUGAAUUGGCUAAUAUCCUGCUGUUGCUAUGGGACCUAAACGUGACUUGUCAGUCUGCUGUAAAGCACAGAUGGCUCUAUUUAUUAUAGAAAGUGAGUUUAUUUGCUUUCUAGAAAUGUUUAUAUCAGAUGGUAUAAAAGAGGUAAUAAAAUUCUAUGCUUGUAAAGAAAAAAAUGCUAAUUUUACCUACUAUAAUCUGACUGUCUGAAGCUAUAUUUUCUCUCUGAGAAAUAAAUGUUCUAAUGUAAAAUAACUAA